AUGAAGCUCAUCAGCGUGCUGACUCGCGAGGUCGAGGAGUUCCACGACGACAAGGUCCCGCCCUACGCUAUCCUUUCCCACGUCUGGGGUCCAGAGAAUGAUGAAGUCACGGCCCAAGACCUGCAGGGCAUCGCCCAGCACCGCAAGGCCCAGCGCGAAGCCCGUCGGAACAACGCCCCUCUACUGACACAAGGCCAUCACCACCAUGAGCCGAUCAGCGGGGUAAACGGCGUCAACGGGCAUAGUUCGACAGGACGUCCGUCGCUCGACAGCACCGAGACCAUGCGUUUGAUGUUGCUGACUAGCAUGUUAAUGGCCUUUCGGGGGAAAACAUCACCCAGCAUCGGGAAUAAUCUUCUUAGGAACCUGCCUGCCCUGAAAGACACGACGAGCACGACGACGAACGGGUACUCCGAGUCCUACGAAAUUGAGCGCGCGAAUAGAAAUGGGGAGAGUCAUCACCAGCGGUACAGCAGUCUCGAAGUCCUCGCCCAAGCUGCAGCAUCAGCUUCUACCCAUCAAUCCACUAACACUGGCCCCCAUCCCGCUGAACUCAAGCCUGGCUACCAAAAAAUUCUCUACGCAGUCGAGCAAGCCGAAAAGGACGGCUUCGAAUACGUUUGGGUUGACACUGCGUGUAUCGACCGCACCAGCAGCACCGACGUGUCUGAGGCCAUCAACUCUGCUUUUCAGUGGUACUCGCGCGCAGGGAUAUGCUACGCCUAUUUGGCCGACGUGCAAGCAGAUGAUAACAUUGAGGGAUAUCGCACGUGGCUGGAUCUGUUUAAUAUGAGUCGGUGGUUCAAGCGCGCGUGGACGUUGCCUGAGUUAUUGGCACCGAAAAAAUUGGUUUUUUAUGCGAAGGGUUGGAAACUGUUGGGGACGAAGUCCAGUUUGGUGAAGCAUGUGGCGAGGGUGACCAAGAUUGAUGAGGUGACGCUCAUUGAGCCGAAAUUGGUGCAUAAGGCGAGUAUCGCGCAGCGGUUGGCCUGGGCAGCAGGGAGGCAGGCGUCCAGGCCGGAGGAUGUCGCGUAUUCCUUGCUGGGCCUGUUCGGAAUACACAUGCCUAUUGUCUACGGCGAGGGUGCCGAGGCAGCGUUCCAGCGGUUGCAAGAGGAGAUUAUUAAGCGUUCCGACGACCACUCCAUUUUUGCAUGGGGCAUCCUCAACCAACUGCUAGGUCCCAAACCCCGGCAUACAAACACCCUCCCUCCCUCAGCCCUCUGCCUCGACGAAGAAGCGGAUGAUGAAAGCGAUGAAAAUCUCGCCGGCGCAACCCCCAUCCUCGCCCGCUCCCCUGAUGAUUUCGCCAAUAUGCAGUUCGUCAUCGUCCCGCAAUCUCCCGAAGUCAAUGCCCCCGCCGGCGUGGCAGAUUACUCUAUGACCAACAAGGGCUUGCACAUCACCCUGCCGCUUCUACCCGACCCCGCUGGGGGGGCACGAUAUGUCUUGGCAUUGUUGCCCUGCCAUUUAUCGAGUGACCCGUCCCAUCGGCUGGCGAUUCCACUUUCUGUGACGGCUAUUCCGAAUGUUUAUCUGCGCGUCAAGCCCGGCACAUUGGGGGCCCCCUCGUCAGAGGCACUGCUUGUCCCCGUAUCGGUGUUGAAAGAGGGGAAGUGUGAAAACAAGAGGAUAUACAUCCCAAAUGUAACGGAGCAAAUUGCGAGACUCCGGCAGAGGGAGGAGAUCAUUUUCUUGCGGGCGACGGACGUCUUUUCGCCUGGGUAUGAGAUUGUCCAGGUAUGUGGGUUAGGAGGGAAGUUUGCCACGUUUGAUCGCAAGGCGAAUGUUGUUAAGGUCGGGGCGGUGUCGGUCACGGGUGCUGGAGGCGCAGAGAUGGAUGAGGAGGAGGUGAGGAGGAUGAUGAGUAAGAAUCGGGCGGCGUUGUAUCGGUUGGUGGUGUGUCAGUUGGCCGUAGUGGCAUUUUGGUCGCAGCAUAUCAAGUCUGGGUUUAUUGCAAGGAUUUUGGUGGAAGUCACGCCAUCGGGGCAGGGGGGGCGGUGUUGGGUUGAUUUGGCAAGUGAUCCAAGAAUUAAUUCUCAGGAUCAGAUAUGUGCGGAAGCACAAAGGUUGUGGGAGGAUCCAGGGAGCGUAGAUGUCACGAUCCCAAGUUUGACUGGCUCACCCGGGGUGCAGAUGGUCACGAUGGAAAUUGUCCAUCCCGAACGGUAUCAGCCGGGCGUGUCAGGGCUGGAUUUGAGUGAGGGCGGUUGGAGCACCGUGCAGAGUGCUAAGCUUGGGGUAUUUGAUAAUUGCACGUUUGUGGAGAUGUGGGAGAGGGAGUAUAUGCGAACAGUACAGGCUAAGCUGGAGAGGAAGAAGAAGGGCUUGAUGGAGCUGAGCAUGACGAGCAUGCUCUGGAUGGCGCCGGAUAAGGUCUAG